AUGCCUUCACCUUCCACUCAAAUCGGCUGGCAACGUGCGCCCUUUGAUUUCAUUGCCGGAUGGCCUACCAUCACUUCGAGUCGUAGUAGAAGACUGGCCAAUGGCAGUGGCUCUUCUGGCGUUGGUUACCAUUCUAUCGGUGCCAGUGAACUUGGGGGAAAGAAGAAGACCAAGGCUGAAAAUGGCAUUCAACACGAGGCGGCUGGGUGCCCUGUCCGAGUGCCCACGGAGACGGAGGUUCUCAUGCGGCGCUGUUUCGAAGCGGUGCGUAGGCACCACUUUUGGGGUCAGAACUGUUGGCUCACGGGACUGAAUGAGCGCAGACGUAUUGUUAACCGACUGGCUUUAGUCAUCUGGGUUGAGAUAACAGGAGCAAUGGGGCAUGUUGGGGCAAUCUUUUACAAGACAACUCCUGGAUGUGAGUCGUGGAUGAUGGAUUCUACAGAGGGUGUGGGGCGACAGCGCCGACGAUUGACCGCUUGUCGUCUUCUCCUAGCACCUCGCUUUCUCCAGCAAGAAGGUCGAAAUAAGUUGGCCCGCUACAGAUGUCCAAAUGCACUUGCCUACCUUUUUUCCUCGCCGAUGGCUGAGCCGAUCAGCUCUCGCCAUCCACUCUUCGAUGAAUCGACCACUUUUUCAGCGCUUGGCUGUUCAUCUUCACUUCGCAAACCGUCUGUCAAUACACCUCCGUAUUUCGGCUUUGGUUUCUCGCAACCUCCUGCCUUUCCUGGCUGUCUCAUAUUGGCACCGAUUGCUUCUUUCCUGCAACAAGACCGCGAAGAGACCAGAAAGCUGUUGCCCUGUAUCCUGCCGGGACCAUCUGCUCACCCGGCUGUACUACACGCACUGGCCGGUCCACCCGAUCAACUGGCCGAGGCCUUGCGCGAACGGCCGGGUCGUAGGAUCUACAGCUUUUCUUCGGUUCAGGUGCCCCCGGGUGAACAGUUCCUCUGGCCAGCUCGGCUCGUUUCGGUGGCGCAGACAUGGUCUGGCCCUGCCCUAUCACUGCCGGGGGAUCCAGCAUCUGCGGGCAUCAUCAGCUCUCCGUCGAGUGUUGAAGCGCUCGCAAACACACCACUUGAAGGUGAUCUUGUUCUCGGUCGUAGGUGGUUACGGUUCCAAUCGGAUGAUUCUAAAGUUGGUGCUGUUUCUGGCCUCCUGCCGCCGAAAGUGUCCACAGCCGCGAAUGCUGUGGAGAAGGCAUCAAAUGGCUUUGAUAGAGCGGCCGCAUGGAAUAAUUAUGGCGAGCCUGACGAAUUUAAUGAUCAUGAUGACACAUAUGGCGACUUAGAUGGGGGCGAAAGUGAAAUCUGUUCGGGAAAUGGACAGAACGAAUCAUGCUCAAACGAGGAAACAGACGAAAAAGGAUACAGAAGUGGUGCGGACAGUGGUGACGAUGAAGAUGCCAAGACAGCACAAAAACGAAAGGUUACUUGGCAUUUUUUUAACGAAUAA